AUGUCUGCUAUGGAUCUUGAUGCGCCUGUCUCUAUUGCGCCUCAGCAUAGAGAACAGACAAGUGCCACAAUUCUUUGCUGCAACUGCGGUGCUGCUAUCGAUGGCACAACCUCAGCGGGGGCACUCUGCUACGACUGUGUGAAGCUUACGAUCGAUGUAUCACAGGGGAUCCAGCGUGAGGCAACUCUACAUUUCUGCCGAGAUUGCGAGAGAUGGCUAUUACCGCCUUCAAGUUGGAUUGUCGCCGCACCUGAAUCGAGAGAAUUACUCGCCCUUUGCCUGAAGAAAUUGCGAGGUCUACACAAAGUUCGGAUUAUCGAUGCAAGUUUUAUUUGGACGGAACCUCAUUCUCGACGAGUAAAGGUGAAGCUCACCAUCCAAGACUCCGUGUCUGAGGGCGUUGUGCUGCAACAAGCAUUCGAAAUCGAAUACGUGGUGGCGUACCAACAAUGUCCCGACUGCGCGAAAUCAUAUACUGCGAAUACAUGGCGGGCAUGCGUACAGGUUCGACAAAAAGUUCCCCAUAAAAGGACUUUCCUUUACCUCGAACAACUUAUCCUCAAGCAUGGAGCGCACAAGGACACAAUCAACAUCAAGGAGGUCAAGGAUGGGCUGGACUUUUACUACUCUGCACGAAAUCAAGCUGAGAAAUUCGUCGACUUCCUCAAUUCCGUCGCACCUGUCCGAACCAAGAAAUCGCAAGAACUUAUCUCGAUGGAUAUCCACACAUCUACGAAAUCCUACAAAUUCUCAUACUCCGUUGAGUUGGUACCGAUAUGCAAGGAUGAUUUGGUGGCGAUACCCAUAAAGCUGGCGAAGCAGAUUGGUAAUAUUUCUCCUCUGGGAUUAUGUUACCGCGUUGGCACAUCUCUCAAUAUUCUCGACCCACAUACUCUCCAAACGGCUGAUAUCAGCACGCCAAUAUACUGGCGAGCGCCAUUUACAGCCCUCGCGGACGUGCAAGAACUGGUUGAGUUUAUUGUUAUGGAUAUUGAGCCUAUAGGCGCACAAAAAGGCAAGUGGCUGCUUGCAGAAGCAACCGUUGCGCGAGCUUCAGAUCUUGGAUCGAACGACAAGACGUACUAUACCAGAACACAUCUCGGAAAUGUUCUUCACCCGGGAGACUCAGUGAUGGGUUACAUGUUGACCGGUACAAACUUCAACAGCCCCCAAUUCGACGCCUUAGAGCAAUCUAACUCAUACGCCUCACAAAUACCUGACGUGAUGCUGGUCAAGAAAUUCUACGCGAGAAAGAAGAAGUCCAAGAACCGGAAUUGGCGCCUCAGGCGCAUGGCGAAAGAUGAGGGCGACUUGUUACCAAAGAAAUCAGAUCAAGAGAAGAUGGAUAGGGAUUAUGAGAUGUUUUUGCGGGACGUGGAGGAAGAUACUGAGCUGCGGCAGACUAUGGCGUUGUAUAAGGCGCAGCAGCAGGCGAAGAAAGAUGCUGAGGCUAUGAGUGUGGUUGAGACGGAAGAUGGAGACGAUGAGACGCCGCAGAUCAAUAUGGAUGAGUUGCUAGAUGAGUUCGAUGAACUUAAUGUUAAGGAUGAGCAUUAG